AUGGAGAACAGAAAAAUUACACCAUCACCAAAACUGAGCUUUCAUUCUUGCUAUAGAUCAUUUGAAUGUGCUCGUCUCGAAGUACCACUCGAUUGGAAUAAUCAAUCGAUCGAUUUGAGGCGUGUGGCAAUAGCAUUGAUCAAACUCCCAUCAAAAGUAAACGCGGGUGAUCCACGACAUGGUGGUUCUAUCAUUAUCAAUCCAGGUGGUCCAGGAGGCUCGGGUGUCAAUCUUGCCAGGAAUCAAGCACGUCAUCUACAAACCAUCGUAGACUCUCCCUCAAACCCGAAUGAUACCAGUAACACCAAAGCAGCUAAUAAGUAUUUUGAUAUUGUCUCGUUUGAUCCGCGAGGAACUGGUUUUACGACUCCUGCUUUUAUAUGCUUUCCCGAUGCUGCUCAACGAAUGAACUGGAAUGUCGCUUCGGACGUGGAAGGAAUGUUGGGGAGCUCCAGUGUAGCCUUUAAACUUAUGUGGGCGAGAAAACACGCCCUUGCUGAUGCUUUCUAUACACGGAUGGGUGUUGAUGAGAAUGGGGAGGAUGCAUUAGGAGCAUAUAUGAAUACACCUGUUGUUGCAAUGGACAUGAAAGCGAUAGUGAAAGCCUUAUCUAGAUCGAGAGACGAAUCCCUAAUCCGAGGUCGAGAAUACACUAAAUCAUCGAAGAUUGAAUUUGUGGAUAAAAUUCAGUACUGGGGUUUCUCGUAUGGAACUCUGCUAGGCACGAAAUUUGCAGCUAUGUAUCCAGGCUUUGUUGGUCGUAUGGUUCUUGAUGGCGUGGCUGACGCUGAUCGCCAUUACGCCGGCACCUGGGAUGGGAACCUCGAAGAUGCUGACACCAUCAUAAAUAAAUUUUCUGAGUACUGUUUUGAAGCAGGUCCCGAACGCUGCGCUCUAUACUCCAGUAGAGGCUCAGAACACAUUCACGAUCUUUUAGACGACAUCAUCGCUUCCGUCACGGAUUCUCCCAUUCCAGUAUCUGUUUCUGACGUACGUGGGCCCGAGAUUAUCACGAGUAGCGGUGUGGAAGGUGCAGUCCGAUUAGCCUUAUGCUCACCAUUCGAAGAAUUUGAGAGACUGGUAAGGAUCUUGUAUGAUGUUUCCCAAAUGAAUGAAACACUUCUUGCAAAUUCCAAGUCGAUGGAAUAUGCAUGGCAGGAUCUUCAGCCACGAUGUCACUAUGCUGAGGAGGUUGUUGGAGCCAUCUCGUGCUCUGAUGGGCCGGACCAAACUAAUAUGACUGCCACCGAUUUCCUGGAAUAUUGGCAGCGAGUAAGGGAGGAGAGUAUUUAUUUGGGCGAUCGGUGGGCAAAAAACCGGAUGUUGUGUGCUUUUUGGAAGCUCAGACCAAAACUUACAUUUCCAGGCCCCAUCGAAAGAUCAACCUCGGAGCCAAUUCUAUUUGUCUCGAAUACCCUGGAUCCUGUCACAUCUCUUGCGAAAUAA